CACAGUCACGCUGUGAGAACGAAAAGUUACUUUUAAACGAUUAUUUCAAAAAAUGUAUCGACUAAAUAAAGUUACUGUCAAGUCUAAAACAGGCUCCUUGUAGAAUGUAAAAAAAAGCCUUCUACCUUUUAAGUCAGCGGACAGAAUGGUUGAGUAUUUGCGGUUGUAUUGGUGUGGUCUUGUUAAAGCUCUCACAUGAUGAGCUCUCUGCCCCCUGUGAAAGGAGACAGGAUCAUCUGUGAACUCCCUUUGUACUUUACAAGGGACGCUGCAGUGCACACCAAAGAUGGCUUCAAUAUUACUGUUAAAGAGGCAUGUCAAGGACAGAAAACAGGAUUGAAUGUAGCCAAGGUCAUUGUUGUUGGUGAUGUAGGAGUUGGAAAGACCUGUUUAAUAAACAGAUUCUGCAAAGACACAUUUGGCAAGACGUACAAGGCGACUAUUGGAGUGGAUUUUGAGAUGGAGAGAUUUGAGGUCCUCGGGGUGCCCUUCAGUUUGCAGUUGUGGGACACAGCAGGUCAGGAAAGAUUCAGAUGCGUUGCAUCCACAUACUACAGGGGAGCUCAAGCCAUCAUUGUUGUGUUUGACCUGAGCAAUUAUAACUCUUUGGAUCAUGCAAGAGAGUGGCUUGAGGAUGCCAUGAGAGACAAUGACCCUUCUAGUGUUCUCCUCUUCCUCGUGGGAACCAAGAAGGAUCUUAGUCACCCAGAUCAGUUGGCCCAAAUGGAGCAAGAGGCCGUUCGACUCUCUGAGGAGAUCAGAGCAGAGUAUUGGGCCGUGUCUGCGCUGUCAGGGGAAAGUGUGAGAGAUUUCUUUCUACGGGUUGCAUCACUUACAUUUGAGGCCACUGUAUUAUCUGAGCUGGAGAGGAACAAAUCUAGACAAGGUAGAGAUAUUGUCAAAAUCUCUAACAACUGUGAUGAAAAAUUUAAGAAGAGGCAAUCCAGCUGCUGUCUUUGACUAAAAGUGUAACUUUCAAAUGGCAAUAGAAGUGUUUCUGGAAUGAUGUCCCAUAAUGCCCUGACACACAUUUUUGAGUGGAUGAAAAAAUAAUAGAGAGGACUUGGCCAGUGAGAUGAGAAUCUCAACAAGAAUUCAUCUGAAAGUUUGGAUUGUAAUUAGAAGUGUAUAAAUAAAUCCAUGAUAUAUUUCAUGUUUCCUAGAUAUGAAUUGGAAAGCAUUUUUCUUGAUCAUCAUUGUAUUACAUGUUUAUUAUACACUGCAAUUGAGUUUCUCAUGGACUAUCAAAUAACCAGGAUCGAGUUAAUGACAUGUCCAAAAAUAUGUGCAUUUUUGUCCCAAGCAGUAACAAAGAAGCUUAAAUCUGUAAAUCUGUCUAUAAAUACUUGGUGUCAUUUACUGGCAUUUCAAGUCUGUUACAUAAAGCGAUGCAAAUCCCUGUAAUUUGACGGUAAUGAGUUCUGCUUUCACAUUUGAUUUUUGUCUUAGCAAACAGCAGUUUAUGUGCAGAACACUUAAGUUCACAUUCAAUGCCCUCCUGGCGGUUCUGAGUGGAUCUUUUGUAAAUACAGUCCUUGUUUUUCCAUUGCAUCAUGAGUUUCUCUGGCUAAUAUGAUACAUAUGCCAGCACUCAUGACCACAGGCUCUGCGCCGACACGAGAUUCCCACUGCGAGCUAAAUGGAAGGAUUGUUAAGACGUAAAUGGAGAAGUACCACUUAUGUAAAAUUGCGAAGCUAAAAUGAGCAGCUCAACAAAUAUCCCACUAUAACAGAAUUAUAUUGUGUGUGUGAAAUGUCCGUUCAAGUCUUCAAGAGAGAAU